UUUUUGUCGCGGAGUGUGGUUGACAAGCACGGUGGCAAGAUUCAACUUCCUGUCAUCACGAUCGCCGAGUAAACAGGCAAAAUUCCGACGAUUUACGGUCUAUGAGCGCCAAGAGUCAGGGGGACCCUGGAGAAGAUCACGUUUCCAGGUGUCACGAGAGUCGUUGCGUUCGCCUUAGUGUCGCUCGCAAACCGCUUCCGAAAUAAUAUGUUUCCGAAUCCUCGGCGAUGACGUUUGUGCACGAAGCCCAAAAUUCUAUCUCGACCACGACGAAAUUUUAAACACGCUCGUUAAUCUGAUGUCCUCGUCGUGAGAUUCGCGACAGUCGCAAGAUUAAUCUAUUCCUAACGCUUUGUUUUGGUGCAACGACAUUGUGUCAUCCGAACUUGGCGAAUUAUAUAUAUAUAUAUAUAUAUAUAUAUAUGUACAAAUUACAUAUAAUCCUCGAGAUAACGAAUUUACUUAGCUCUUUUGCAUUUAUUAUGAAAACAAAAAUUCGAGCGAUCUUUAUCCUUUGCAGACAUUUUGUUUCUCUUCUUUCUCUCUUACGUAUUGUGAUAUAAAAUAAAUAUACUUAUAUAAAUAGACAUAAAGCGAUAUAAUUAGAAUUCUAUAUAUGAGCAUUAUAGUUUUACAAUACAUAGAAUCUUAUCACGAAUAUUUUCUCAGUGUUGUAUUUUUCGAAAUUUUGCAAGAAAGGCAUAAAUAUCCAUGUGACUUAUACAUAUUCUAUAUAUACAUCUGUCAUUUUUAUAGGGUAAGAGCAGAGAGCCCUUGCAGCGACAUGAAGCGCGCAGCUGCAAAAAAGCUCAUUGAACGGUACUUUUACCAACUUACGGAUGGAUGUGGAAAUCCUCAUUGUGACAAUCAACAUUGUGCCUCGAGUGGCAAAGUUACUAAUCUUACUCCAAAUCAAGCAGCCGCUCAAGCAAUACAGUUAUUCUCGCAAGAAGCAAGACUUUGCGAUGGUACACAACCCAGUAAAGUCGCUCGGACUACUAUAGAACCAGGGCAAACGUCGUUAGCUAAAAGUCUACCUGUAAAAAGCGUUAAUCCUACAAGCUCCGACGAAGGGAAACAAGAGCCAUAUCUUACAGAAGCUAAACUUCUGUAUAUUAUAGAAAAAUGUAAAGCAGAAGAUUCAUAUUCUUUAUUAAUUCGUACUUUGGGAGAGGUGUUUUCUUCUGGAAAGGCAUUAAGUCUCAGCUUUCAAAAGACUGAGAAGAGUAAUUCUCCUUUGGUGGCGCUUCUCGAACGAGCACCAGAUACUUUAUUAAGGCCACCUGCAGAUUUAAACAAAGAGGCGGUACGAUCUCUUCAAGGAGAGGAUAAAGAAGAAGAUAGCAGUGAUCCGUCGCCUACAGUUCCUAAUAAUGACGACACUAGUGUCGAUUUACCAUCCGUUCGUAGAGCUUUUGAAGCUCUUUGGUCUCUUCCAGGUGAAGUAUUUGAGUCAGCUUUGGUGAAUGCAUUAGUCACUUUGGCAGAUGACAUAGAAUUAGAUCUGAGAGUAUUUCGCAUAGUACGCUGGGACAGUAUGGACAGUUUGUUAAAUGUAUUUCUCAUUGUCUUUGAAAUUCCGAUGCUCGGAAAUAGCGAAUAUCUGGAACUGGCCCUUCAUAUGUUAUGCAAAGCAUUGAGUUGUUUACCGAUAGUGGCUCAGGCUAAGUUGGCACGUGUCUGGGCCAAGCACUGCAAAUCACGGCUUCCAAAUCUUCUGCAAGCACUUCAAGAACUCAUAACUGUCAAGGUAAUAGGAGGCUCUUUCACGCGCGAUUAUUGCGUCCAAGAUGCGGAUACUAUUACCGCACCUACGAAAGUUAUGAAAAUUCUAUACUAUGCAAGUAUGUUGGCUGGAGAAUUAGAUCCUCCGGAGCUAAUACUGGGCGACGAGGCCGAAUCAGCAAGCAGUGACAAAACUGCUUCGCGAUCGGCAAUAUCAGGACAGAUUCCUCAGGAUCCGUUAGCGACAGAAUUAGGAAUUAAUGCAUUAGACGCACGUAAACCUUUUAUACCAUUUACUGAUUUCUACAAUGAACCACUGAGCGAUGCCAUAGAGAUGGACAAAGAUUUUGCCUAUUACAAGAGUGAAGAACCGAUGAAAUUUAGCUUUAUGAAUUAUGCUUUUGUUCUUACACCAGCUACUAAAACUUUGGGUUUAUAUUACGAUAAUCGCAUUAGAAUGUAUAGCGAACGACGUAUGAGUUUUUUACAAACUGUUGUCGGGCAACCUACCAAUCCAUAUCUCAGAUUGAAGGUGAGGAGGGAUCAUUUGAUAGAUGAUGCACUGGUGGAAUUGGAGAUGGUAGCGAUGGAAAAUCCAUCUGACUUGAAGAAGCAAUUAGUUGUCGAAUUUGAGGGAGAGCAAGGUGUCGACGAAGGCGGUGUAUCUAAAGAAUUUUUUCAACUAGUUGUAGAGGAAAUCUUUAAUCCUGAUUAUGGCAUGUUCACAACCCAGGAAGAUACGCAAAUGACAUGGUUCAAUCCAACGUCGUUUGAAAGUGACGCGCAAUUCACGCUAAUAGGCAUCGUCCUUGGCUUAGCAAUUUAUAAUAAUGUAAUUCUGGAUGUACGUUUCCCAAUGGUGGUUUAUAGGAAAUUACUAGGUAGAAAAGGUGCUUUCGCGGAUCUCGAAGAUUGGAGUCCGACGUUAUAUCGAACAAUGAAGGAAUUAAUGGAAUAUACAGGUGAUGAUAUGCCAGAAACAUUUAUGCAAACUUUCCGAGUGGGCUACAGAGACGUAUUUGGAUCGUUAUCGUUCCACGAGCUCAAAGAAAACGGCGACGAACUAUACGUUACGCAGGGAAAUAAAAAGGAAUUUGCCGAUCUCUACGCGGAUUUUUUGCUCAACAAAUCUGUAGAGAGGCAAUUUAACGCCUUCAGACGUGGCUUCCAGAUGGUUACAGAUGAGAGCCCGCUCGCGUUACUCUUCCGACCCGAGGAGAUUGAGCAGCUCGUUUGCGGAAGCAAAAUAUUCGAUUUCGCCGAGCUGGAAGCAGCUACAGAGUACGAAGGCGGCUAUACCGUUGACAGUGAAGCGGUACGUAACUUUUGGCGGGUAGCGCAUUCUUUACCGCCCGAAAGUCAACGAAGACUUCUUCAAUUCACCACUGGUAGUGACCGAGUCCCAGUCGGCGGUCUUUCGAGGCUCAAAAUGGUUAUUGCCAGACAUGGUCCGGAUUCCGACAGAUUGCCAAUAGCACACACAUGCUUUAAUGUUUUGUUGUUACCGGAUUACAGUACGAUAGAGAAACUGCAAGAUCGCUUAUUGAAAGCAAUCAACUAUUCAAAGGGUUUUGGCAUGUUAUGAGCAUGCUGCGCAUUGACCCACUCUCUUCCCCAGUCUUUCGAAUUAUGUUCGAAGUACAUAAAACUUAAUUCCUUUUGUCCAUUGUAAUCGCAGCUAUACUACUUGGAAGUAUCAAUUGUAAUAAGUGAAAAUUACGUCAGUAUGUUUAAAAUGUGGAAACAUUGCUUGUUGCAAUACAAAUCGACAACAAAAGGCUCCUAACAUUCUAAAAGAAAUUUCAACGAAUCAAAGAGAGAGAUUGAGUCCUUUGUACAAAACAGAUAUAACCUGUGCUUAACAACUAUCCUUGCACCAUUGCAAGAAUCGCUUGUACCAUACUGUGUACUUUUUCUAUUGAAGUAAAAAAUAAUGAAGAUUGA